AUGAGAGUGGCAGCAAAGAUGAUGUCUACUGGUUUCUAUGUGCCAAUUGGGAGUGGUGCCAAAUUCUCGCUGCGUGCAAUCUUCCACCACCGCCCACCCUACCGUAGAUUCUCAGAUACUGAGGCUCAGCAAGCUGGAAUGCUUAUUCGGGCACCGACAUGGAGGUCGGAGGAAGAUGCGGCGCAGAUCGCUCCGGAGCAGCUCAAGCGAUACAAGGAGAAUUUGAACGUCGAACGUGCAUGCAGCGGCUCUCAGACGAGGAAGAUCAUCGCGAUCAAAAAGCAGCCGCGACAACAGUAA